AUGAUGCUUUUUCCAUCAUGCUCACUAUAUCGUUUUAGAACACUACACGAUCUGGGUCAACAUAUCUGCCAGUUUUCCGAUAAGAAAUUGGCGUCAUACCCUAAGAGUUUGCUUAAUUUAUUUUUUGACACAUUGAUACUGUUUGGAUUGAGCACUAAUAGUAAUUCGUUGCCAUUUGACGUCUUCCAUCACAAGAAUCGUCGAUCUUUGGUCCAGUCGAACCUCAGCUCGCCGACCUCCUUGGCACUGGAUUUCAUCCGGAAUGAAUUAUUUUGGACAGACGGCGAACGAGGCUCAGUGGAAGCUUACCACCUGCGUACCAGACACCGACGCACUGUACUCCAGUCUGACUCCUUGCAUCCAGUUGAUAUUGCUGUGUUCGAGGACUGGGUCUAUUGGACAGACCGUAAGAAGAAUCACUACAUGAGAGCCAACAAAUUUAACGGAAGGUAUGUUGAGCCUAUGUUCAACAUCUCCAGUCCCCAUAUUUUUCGCCUUCAACAUGACUUGCUGCGACCGCCCUUCACGGAUCGAUGUCCGGGAUACAUGUGUGAACAGCUAUGCAUACCGGUUCCACUGCGGUCUUACCCGGCCUACACUCUGCCAUACGAAUGCGCCUGUGCAGAUGGUUGGGAGGUCAAUCGUACGGAUGCACAUCGAUGUGUCGGGAAUAACACCGAGGAGAGCUUCACCUCGUGGG